AUGACCAGAAAACUACAAAACCCCAGUCUGGACGAUGCCAGGAGCAGAAAAAGGAUUCUGAAACCAGUUGUUGAGAAGAAGAGAAGAGAUCGAAUAAAUCAAAGUCUGGCUGACCUGAGAACUUUGCUGUUGAAUCAUACAUCGGAUCCACGACUGCAGAAUCCCAAAAUAGAGAAAGCUGAGAUUCUGGACUUGGCUGUGGAAUAUCUUCAGAAGUGGACGGAUGGAAAGAAUCUUCAUCACCCAGAGGCUAGUCCUGCUCCUCUCUUCACCAUUCAGAGCGCAGGGUUUCAGCAGUGUGUGGCUCAGCUGACCACCUAUAUGAACAAAAUAACACCGGCCCAGAGAACAAGUCUGAUUGAGGGACUGAAACAUCACACAGAGACCCAGCAGUCAAAACCAGACUUCGGCCAGAAAACGACUGAAACUGAGACACCAGAUGCAGCAUCCGUCUACGCCGUCUGCACAUCUGAGAGAAAAGACGAGUCCUCCAAGUCGCUGUUUCCAUCCCAUUCUCCAUUUCAGCCUCAGUCUUGCUCCACACCAUGCCACGACUACCUCUCCCCUCCCACAUCUCCCUGGUUCUCUCCUUCUUUCUCCACAUAUGCCACCUCUCCCCCUUUCCCAUCAUUAGCCUCUCACUUCUCCUUCCCCCCAAGCCUGUCACCUCCAUCUUCCAACACCUCCUUUUAUAGUUUCUCGCCCACGGUCUCUCACACUGGCCCUCCUGCCCUCCACUUCCCCCCACUCACCGCUCUGAGAUCCUCUCCACGUCCCGCACCGAGGGAGGGGUCACUACCAAACUCCUCUUCAUCCAUGUGGAGACCUUGGUUUUGA